GGUGUGUUGAAGUCGCAAGAGAUCUCAUAUGACUCUAUGCAGAGCUCGUGACUUUGGUUAGAAAAAUUUGGUUUAGUUAUUUUAACAGUUUGACUGUGAUGGUUUUAUAGUUUCUGUUUGGAAUUGACGUAUCGGUUUUUGUUUCAAUUUCGGGUGUUUUCGAUCGAAAUUUCAUUGAAGAAAAUGUUUACCCAAGUUUUAAUUAAAUAACAUAUCGAAGUCAAUUUGAACACUUAAGUGAUAAUAGAAGACCCAAUCAGUUUUCGGGCAAAAGAGACUGGAUCAAACGUAUUUUUAUCUGAGUGAAAAGAAUAGAAAUAUUUCUAUUAAUCGUCGAAAUAAUGGCUACAAACCAACGACCAUCAUCGUCGACGGAGUAUCGGAAAUUAACACAAGGAGACAAAAACACUCAAGCCAUGGGGGCGAUGUUCCGUAGUGAAGAAAUGGCUUUAUGCCAAUUGUUUAUCCAACCAGAAGCAGCUUACACUUCCGUUUCAGAGCUAGGUGAAACCGGAACUGUUCAAUUCCGUGAUUUAAAUCCCGAUGUCAACGCAUUCCAACGGAAAUUCGUUAGUGAAGUGCGCCGAUGCGAUGAAAUGGAACGUAAGCUUCGGUACAUUGAAGCUGAAAUUAAAAAGGAUGGCGUCCACAUGCCAGAUGUUCACGAAUUGCCACGGGCACCGAAUCCAAGGGACAUUAUCAAUUUGGAGGCUCGUUUCGAGAAAACGGAAAAUGAAAUUCUUGAAUUGUCGCAAAAUGCCGUCAAUCUGAAGUCAAACUAUUUGGAACUGACCGAAUUGCGUCAAGUCUUGGAGAAAACGCAAGGAUUUUUCGCCGAGCAAGAGGGUGUCAUGAACAUGGAUUCGAUGAAAAGCACUUUGAUACCGGAAGAUCAAAAUGCUGCACGCGGUCGUUUGGGAUUUGUAGCUGGAGUUAUUCAACGCGAGCGUGUUCCCGGCUUCGAGCGAAUGUUGUGGAGAAUCUCCAGAGGUAACAUUUUCUUACGACAGGCUGAAUUGGAAGGAGCAUUGGAAGAUCCACUCACUGGCAAUCCGCUGUACAAGACGGUGUUCGUAGCAUUCUUUCAAGGCGAACAACUGAAGUCCAGAAUUAAGAAAGUCUGUACUGGAUACCAUGCUUCACUCUAUCCAUGCCCCAGUGCCCAUGAUGAACGUGAAGACAUGGUAAAGGGCGUUCGAACUCGCUUAGAAGAUUUGAACAUGGUGUUGAAUCAAACGCAAGAUCAUCGCCAACGUGUGCUGCUCAGUGUGGCAAAAGAACUUCCGCUAUGGUUGAUCAUGGUUCGUAAAAUGAAGGCCAUUUAUCACACUUUGAAUCUGUUCAACAUGGACGUUUCACAAAAGUGUUUGAUUGGCGAAUGUUGGGUUCCAGUCAACGAUCUUCCAGUUGUACGCAAAGCAUUACUCGAGGGAUCGGAAGCUGUUGGAAGCACCAUUCCGUCUUUCUUAAAUUUAAUCCAGACUAAUGAGGUUCCACCAACAUUCAACCGAACCAAUAAAUUCACUCGUGGCUUCCAAAACUUGAUCGAUGCCUAUGGUAUUGCCUCUUAUCGCGAGGCUAAUCCCGCUCUUUACACAAUCAUCACGUUCCCAUUCUUGUUCGGUAUUAUGUUCGGCGAUAUUGGACACGGCCUCAUUAUGACUUUGUUCGGAGCCUGGAUGUGCAUUUGGGAAAAACCGUUAGAAGCGAAGAAAAUCAACGACGAAAUUUGGCGAAUCUUUUUCGGUGGACGUUACAUAAUUUUGCUCAUGGGAAUGUUCUCCGUCUACACCGGAUUCGUUUACAACGACAUCUUUUCGAAGUCAAUGAACAUUUUCGGAUCAUCUUGGCAGAUCACCUACAACGUGUCUACAAUCAUGGAAAAUCCGGAACUGCAAUUGAACCCAGCGUCGGAUGACUUAAUGGCGGACAGUGUCUAUCCGAUCGGUCUGGAUCCCGUAUGGCAAUUGGCGGUGAACAAAAUCAUAUUCUUGAACUCGUACAAAAUGAAACUGUCGAUCAUCUUCGGUGUUGUGCACAUGAUUUUCGGUGUUGCGAUGAGCGUCGUCAACAUGACACAUUUCCGCCGACCAAUGAGCAUCUUAUUGGAAUUCGUACCGCAAAUGGUGUUCUUGUGUCUGCUUUUCGCGUACAUGGUUUUCAUGAUGUUCUUCAAGUGGGUGGCAUUCAGUCCAAAAACAGACAUCCAACAGUACACUCCCGGCUGUGCACCGUCCGUAUUGAUUCUAUUUAUUAACAUGAUGCUGUUUGGUAAAGCUGAACCGUCACCAGGAUGCAAAGAAUUCAUGUUCGAAGCCCAGCCCAUGAUUCAAACGGUGUUUGUCAUCGUUGCAGUUAUUUGCAUACCAUGGAUGUUGUUGGGAAAACCAUUUUACAUUAAAUUUACACGAGGAAAAGCUCAAUCUCACACCAACGGUGAUAUAAAUCAAGGCAUGGAAAUGACUCCCGAACCAUCGGAAGAACCGAAAGCGGUUGCUGCUCCAGCUCACGGUGGUCAUGACGAGGAACCGAUGAGUGAAGUUUUCAUUCACUCUGCCAUUCAUACUAUCGAGUAUGUUCUCAGCACAAUUUCCCAUACAGCUUCGUAUCUUCGAUUGUGGGCUUUAUCUCUAGCCCAUGCACAAUUGUCGGAAGUACUGUGGAACAUGGUUCUGUCAAUGGGUCUCAAAAGCUCAUCGUACACCGGAUCAAUUUUCUUGUGGUUCGUUUUUGGUUUUUGGGCCGUCUUCACUUUAGCUAUUUUGGUCAUGAUGGAAGGACUUUCGGCUUUCUUACAUACAUUGCGUUUGCACUGGGUCGAGUUUAUGAGCAAAUUCUAUGAAGGUCUUGGACAUGGAUUCCAGCCAUUUAGCUUCCAAGCAAUUUUGUUUGCUGAAGACAACGCUGAAUAAAUAAAUUCGGUGCGCUCAUGAUAUGUAUUGAGGUGCAUAUAAAUGCAAUGGCAGCAUGUUUAGCAGUGAAUAUUCCGUGAUUUUACCUUCUGUAUUUGGAAAUUCAUUAUUAUUUUGUAGAUUUAGUUUCAUGUACUAAAAAGUGCUUUCAUUUCAAA